GUCCUUUAACCGUCGCCAUUGCUGUCGGUCCACAAUAAGGACGUAAAGAAGCGUCGCCAUGUUGGAUUAAACAGUUAAUCUACAGUUACAGUCCUGAUGUUCGGUCUGUAGGUCGGUUGUUACUGACACACAUUUUAAUGAGUUAAUAUUAAUUACGAACCAGUUUGACUAAAACUGCAGAUUGUUACUGACUGAGCGUCUGCCUGCCUGUCUGCCUGCCUGCCUGUCUGUCUCUCCGUGUGUCUCUCCGUCUGUCCUCACUGAUCCAUCGGUUUCAACCAUCCAAUCAAUAGUCCGACAGUGACGGUAAAUCUACAGCCCAGGAGCUCCCCCGCAGAUACCGGACCGAUCCUCCGGUGUCGGUGCUGACAGUCGCUCGGUGCCAGUUUUGAACCAGGUGGCGGCAGCAAGAUGGCGUCCGAGUCUGCGCAGUAGCGGAGGAGUGAGGACGGGCGGUGACGUUUCAGGGCACGGACACCGCAUGUAUUUUCCCCGCCGUUAGAAAUCAUCCACGAUGUCGCGUCGACGGACAACAGACGAUAAGGACUAAUGUCGCAGCGUCGGUGUGUCGGAGCAGCAGAAGGAUGCUCUAUUUGAACCGCUGUACAGAUGUAUAAAAAGCGGGAUUCUCCUGCCUUGUAGAUGUCUGGAAGCUGUUCAUGGCUUCUACGAAGAGGCACAAAGGAAUGGUGUUCCAUCAGGAAGGGGCAACCACCCCUGCAGCACCACCUGCCUGGGAUCACCCCCCCACACGCUUCGUUGUUCCGAAACCAGGGAAGGCAAGUGAAGGUGGGAUGGAACAAAGCGCCCGUGUAACCAAUGAAGAGGUGGAUAUGGUGGGUAAACCCAACAUGUAUCCACCAAAGGAAGCCAUGAGGACUUCUGGGAAAACAUCGACUACUGUGAAACAUCCUGCCAGUUCCAACCCUCCGUCGGACAACCUGUCACCUGAUAGCAUCUGCAAAGGGAUCAGAGUGACACUGGACAACAAUGGCAUGUGGAACGAGUUUUUCAAAUGCAAAACAGAAAUGAUUUUGACUAAACAAGGCAGCAGGAUGUUUCCCUACUGCCGGUUCCGAAUCUCCGGUUUGCAGCCAUCGAGGAAGUACUCUUUGAUCAUGGACAUUCAACCUUUAGACAACAGUCGUUACAAAUGGACCGGCAAGAACUGGCAAGUUGCUGGAAAGGCAGAAUGUAAUGUGAAGAGUCGACCAUUCGCUCAUCCAGAGUCCCCAUCAACAGGCCAACACUGGAUGCAGAAUCCAGUGUCCUUUUACAAACUGAAGCUUACAAACAACAUCACAGACCAAGACGGGAAUACCAUCCUGCAUCCGAUGCACCGCUAUCUGCCACGAUUGCACUUGGCCCAAACUGACAAAGCUGCUGAAGACGUAAAGUUGAAUGGUCCCAGUGUUGUCACAUUCACUUUCCCACAGACUGAGUUUAUGGCAGUCACUGCUUACCAGAACUCACAGUUUUCUCAGCUUAAAGUUGACUACAACCCAUUUGCAAAAGGACUGAAGGAGGAUGGCUCGAGUUCCCGGGGCCUAAAACUGAACUUCAACUCUGGCAAAGACAACCACAAAGAUGGAGGGGCAACGAGCAAUGAGCAGUAUGCCUUGAAGAAGAGCUUGAAGUCUUUGCUUGCAAACCAUAAACCUAGGAGCUCCAAAGCAGUGGACUCAAAGCCUUCAGUGUCAGGAGACCUCCAGAAAAAUUCCACUACAAACAAAGAUCCAUCAGCUGCCAAGGUCGCUGAGGAACAUUCGUGCAAUUCACUUCCAGCCCCUACCAAGAAGUUAUUUUCUGAACUUAUUCGUGAGGCUCACGUUUCACUGCAAAGAUGCAACCUAGAGCAGCUGGGCAUAAAUAACAGCACCUCUUACAGAACUGCGCAAACCAACACUAAAACAACAGCUUUCAUGACUAACGGACAAGAUCUUUCUAAGAGGGACAGUAAAUCUGUUAAAACACAGAGCGAAACAUCACCGGGAAAGAAAGUUCAAACACUUGUUACAAGGAGGAAAGUUAAGACAGACAAAGACCUUUUGAAUCCAAUGAACAGUAAGGACAAUGUUGGGACAGAUUGUUCUGAGGCCAAUAAUGUUACUGCUCCAGUGUCCCAGAAAUCCUCUGUGGACGAACGAAAGUCUGAAGGACAUUCAGAGGUAGAAGUAAAGCAGCAUAAACGGCCGGCGCCUCUGCCUCUGCCAGCCCUCGCUCUUUUUUUAAAGCAGCAUUCAACAAAAUCUAAGAAAGCUAAGAGCAAGCCGGACUCUCCUUCCCCAGCACUCCUAUCUGAAUCUCUGUCUGAAUCAGAUAAUUCUGCUGCAGCUUCUACAUGUGCGACUUUUGAUCCGACCGUCAGUGCAAGUGGUCCCUCCAAGAACAUUACAGAAUCUGACAACCAAGCCUCCAGACAUCUUCAUCCACAUGAAGUGGUCUCUAAUGUUACUGAACAAGUAGUGAAAACCCACCAGCCUUCCAGUCUAUCAUGUCAGGAUGCUGUUGCCACUACAGUUCCAAAGGGCCCAAGAACUGAGGAUUUUGUGGCCUCCAUUUCAGUUGCUGAAAGCACAGAGCCAGUGGUGCCAGAUGAUGCACCAGUGUUGCCCAACUUAGAUCAGUCAUUUUGCACCCUUGGAACAUCUAUAUCUACAAUUUCAACUCUUGCUACCUCUUCUCCGUCUUCUGUUUUGUCACCACCCCUUGACACAGUGUCAUCUGCCCCGAACUCUCCACACACACCAACCAUUGCAGAGUCUUCCACGCAACCUUCAGACUCCCCCACUACAAAGUCUGAAUCUUUGCUAUCUGACCCAGAGUGUUCUUCUUUUGGCUAUGAACCUUUGUCACCUGCCAGCUCUCCAGAACCUUUACCCUCCAUACCUGCCUUGAUAACUUUACAACUUGACUCCACUACUUGUGAGCCAACCCCAAAUGCAGUUUCUCCUGAAGAGUUGACAAACAGUGAAGACUCUACUGCAUCUGUGUUUAAAUGGCACACAGUGUUACCUCCUCCUGAGCCGUACAUAGGAACUACAUUCACAACUUUUCAGCCCACAUCACAGACUCUUCCUUUGUUGCCUUCCCAGACUCCCACCCUCCCUGAACCACAGACUUUUGACACAUCCACGUCUCUCCCUGAUCCUGCUCCGUCAUUUCAAGAGAACGAACAGUCGCUGCCCUUCCCUGCAGAACUGUCCCCCCUAGCACUUCAGCUGCCGCUGUCUCCAACUUUUUCAUCAUUAGAUGGAGACGGAUUGUCACCGACACCUUCAAUCGCUGAACUCGUGCAUUUUUUCUCUACGGAUGAUGACCUCAGUAUGGGGGUGGACUUUUCAAACACAGAGACAAUGGCUAUUCCCUGCCCUCCUCCGAGUGCAGUAGAAGCAAACGCACAUGAGAUCUCUCAGCAGGUGCAACCAAUCCCAGACACCAAACCUUGCAAGCACAGGAAGAAGUCCCGGCGGGAAAAGCUUGCGAAGACUAAUACGGAUCAGAAGAUGAAUGAUUCCGCCUACACUAGCAUGCAGCCUAACCUGGAGGAAGUGGAGGAGCAGUUAUUUAUCUCAUUUACAUCAAAGGAGGCCCUCAAACUUCACGUUGUGGACUCGACUGAAGAAACGGUCUCGCAGCCGCAGACGACACCUGAACACCUGCAACAAACCACUGAUGCACCUGAGAAUGAUAAGAGCAUGGAUGUUGGUGAAAGCUCGCUCCCUGACAGGAUCCAUCCUAAUAACUUUCCUGCCAAACUGUGGCGUUUGGUGAACAAUCCAGACAACAAAGCCAUCUGCUGGGACAGCCAGGGCAAGGUCAUCAUCAUUGAUCGACAUCUGUUUGAGGCACAGAGCCUGUCUCCGAGCACCGUCACUGCAGACAAUGCCGAAGCCUUUAAGGCGACCAACUUCUCAAGCUUUGUCCGUCAGCUUAAUCUGUACGGCUUUAAGAAGGCCGAUCCGGCGAUUCAUGAUGACCACCACCCUGCUGGGUACAGCGGGGCAUAUUAUAAUUUUUACAACCCAAACUUCAAGCGAAACCACCCUGAACUUGUUGCGACUCUGAGGAGACUCACUGUCGUUAACAAGGCAAAGCUACAAGCCGGUCUGAGUGUGAACUGUCGGCACUCGAGUCGAUACCAGAGAUUCAGCGAUGAUGGCAGAGAGGUGAAAAAAGUAGAGACAGCCGAGAGUCAGGAGGAGAAAAUCUCUGCCUUCGAGAAGAUCCUACUCAGAGACUUGAAGCUGAUGAGACAUAGACAGGUGAUCCAUCCUGUGCUGCAGGAAGUUGGUUUGAAGAUGAACCUGCUGGAUACGACUUUGGCCAUAGACCUACAGUACCUGGGAGUCCGCCUGCCCAUCCCUCCUCCUGGAGUCUCUGUGGAGCCACUGACCCAGGAGCUGCCACCGCCUCAGGGUUCGUUCCUGAGUCAGGGUGUUUGUGCAGCGUUUGUGUCCAGAACAGGUAAAACCACAGAUGUGACUCAGAUCAAAGGUUGGAGGGAGAAGUUCAGUCCAUCAGAGACUCUGGUCACUCUGCCACCGCCCAGACCAGAAGCUGGUCCCGGUCCUGAUCUUCCGAAGAAGAACCUGUCGGCAUUCUGCAGCGACAUGCUGGACCAGUACCUAGAAAACGAGGGGAAGCUGAUCGACCAGCGAGCCGCCAGCUUCUCUCCACCCCCUGUGGAGCCACCGGUCUACGAACUGCCCACCAGGAGCACCAGCUACGUCCGCACCCUUGACAGCAUCCUGAAGAAACAGACCGGAACCUCAGAUCUCAUAUCUGGGUUUGUCCCCCCUUCCAAGAGACCCAAACCCACCCUCAAAGAGACCAGAACCUCCAGGAGAGAGAGCUCAAAGCAGAGGGGUCCAAAACACUACAAACCAGAACCAGCAGCUGGACCCAGUCAAGCUGACUCAAACUUCGUCCCCAAACAGCCUGCAGUCCAGAUCCCAGACUCCCCUCAACCCCCCACUUUCAAGAAGAGGAAGAAACUCAAACCCAGGAGCCUGUCCCAGACCCUGAGCCCCCACAGAUCCACCAGCCCCCCGCCUGGACUCUCAGAGGACCUGGCUCCGCUAGAGUCGGACUCUGAGCUGGGGACUGCCCUAGACCAGAACUACGAGACCAGCAGGAAGGACGGAGGACCUGUGAUGACUCGGACUCUGCUGAAACAGAAGGACCUUGAGGACGGGGUGGUGUGGGAGGGCCGACCCAGGACCAGUAUUACCGAUGAGAGGGCAGCCAUCGCUCUGACAUCACUGUUCACCCUGCAGGGUUUCGUCAGUGAGAACCCCACAGCUCCCAUCCAGCUGAUCCGGAGACGAGUGCCCCCCUGUUUAAACGAAUUCUGCAGACUGGGUUGCGUCUGUUCCAGUCUGUCCCAGUCCGUCAGGACCAGCCACUGUGGCCGCCCCCCCUGCAUGCUGGGCUGCAGCUGCCUCAAACAGAAAGUGGUCCUCCUGAAGAACCUGGAAGGGUCUGACUCCAGCCCCUCCCCCCAUGGGACCAGCAGGAAGAGGAAGAGGAAGAGGAGGAUGAAGAUGGCGUACAUCCUGAAGGAGGCGGACAGCGUUUCCCAGCCUGCCGAGCAGGUCCGGACUCUGUGGAAGAGAGACCAGACAGACCUGGAUCAAGACCCCAUCCACGUCCCCAAAGUACCAUCCCUGCCCCGGCCCAGUGAGAAAGGGGAGGGUCACAGCAGCUGUGCCAGGGUCAGAGGUUACAGAGGGAAGAAGAAGAUCCAGAAGGAGUCGCCCACAGAUGUGAAGUCUAAAGACGCUCAGCUGAAACCUGUAAAACAGAGAAACCUGAAACUGAAGGAGACAAAGAGCAGACCCUCCGGCCUUCCAACAGUAGGUGAACCAGUUCAGUCGUCUCCCUCCAACCGGCCCCCGACUCCUCCAGCAGAGCCGCCACCAAAGCCCUCAAAGCGUCUGAUCAUCAUGGCGGAGUGUCAGUGGGCGUGCGAGGCUGACCAGAGCCUCGUUCUGAAGGAGCUGUGUGAAAGGAUGGCCUGGGACCGCCUGGACCAGCCGUUCUGGAUCAAGAAGUACCUCAUCAGUCCGAUGGGUCAGACCGUGGAGGAGAGUGGCCCCAACAGCUGCAUCCAGUAUAAAAUCCAUAUCUCCAGACCCAAACUGGAGCGGGAAAAACCAGCAGCACCAAUGAAACCAGCACAGCGAGCAAAACAGAGAGAGAGAAAACUACAACAACAGGUACAACAACAGGAGGUCAGGGGGGUGGAGCCUGUUGAAGAUUGGCAGCAGGAGGUGGAGGAGGAAGAGCCUGUUGAGAAUUGGCAGCGGGAGGUGGAGGAGGAAGAGGCGGCGCCUCCUGAAGAUUGGCAGCGAGAGGUGGAGGAAGGUGACAUCGAGGAGGAGGCCGGAUCAACUGUUCACCAGGUGCAUGAUGGGAGAAAGAGUGGCAGAGAGGAAUUGAAAUUGAGAUCAGAGGAGAAGAAGAAGAUGGCGAGUAUGGCCCUGCCGUUCCUGACAGGAGUGUCACCCGCCGGCUUCCUCUCAGCCAAUAGGAAACAGCCGGGAGGAACAGACCAUACGGUCCAGGUCAACGGAAAGCUCUAUCCUCUGGCCAAGAUCCAGUUGGGGAAGAUGGGGGCGCUUCAUCCGGCCAACCGGCUGGCAGCCUACCUCACUGGCCGGGUGGGGUCCAACUGGAGGAAACAAGGUUCUUCUUCCUCCUCAAAACCUCCUCAGAGUUCAGGACCUACCCCUCAGACUGUCUCCUUGACUUCUUCCCCGCCCAGGUCUCAGCCGUUGGUGGCAGUGCUCACCCCCCCGUCUUCAUCUACAGUGGCUCCGCCUCCACCAGUGAAGCGCCACCAGUCAGCUGCCUCCUCUGACCAGCCUGAAGCACCUGAGGGGGCAGGGUCCGGGCUUGUCACGGUGAGGAUUUUACCACCUCCUCCAGGAAGGGCCAGUCAGGUCAGAGUGGUACCUGGAACUUCUGAUAGCUCCGCCCCCCACCACAGUGUUUCAGACCCUCAGGUCUCUGUGGUCCCCCCUGUAAAUCCGGCUUCUAAAGGCUCGCUGUUCAUAGUUCAGGUCCCAGGUCUUCGUGGGAAGGUUCCUGUACCUGGUCCUGCACCUGGUCCUGCACCUGGUCACUGCCCUGCACCCCCCAUCGGUCAGAGGAUGGUCCUGCAGCCAGUCCAGGCUGCAUCAGGCGUCCAGUACUACCGCAGACCAGAUGGCAAACUGGUCCAACUUGUUCCAAUCAGCCAGCUGAGAUCUGUCAACCAGAACCAGUCCGUCCACAGAGGCUCAUCUUCCCUCUCAGUCCUCCCUGCUGCAUCGUGUCAGACUUCAGUCGGCAAGAUUGUGAAUCAAACUCCUCCUGUGACCACAGUGAGCUCUUCCUCCUCCACCUCCUCCUCCUCUCUUUCUGGCUUCCGGUCCUUCUCUGUGUCCCCCCUCUCGUCCCCGCUCUGUCCCUACUCCAGUGUUCUGGCUCAGAAGGGGACGUGCACCUUUAAGAUCCUACCCCCCAACUCCAGUAAGGAACCAAUCAUCGUCACCUGUGCUAAAGUGCCCCCCCGCCCCUUCAGCGAGGUGGCCCCAGGCUCCUUCACGCUCCUCCGGCCUGCCCCCACCCAAACCCAAAUGAACCUCAUCUCCCUCAAACCCUCCUCGGGCCGAGGGGUGGAGCUUGGUGUCAAAACCGUGACGGUUUCUGCGGGUCCUGGUGGGGUGUUAGUCAAUCAGAAACCUCCUCUGGCACCGCCAGGGUCAGAGGUCACACCCCAGCCAAAUCCCCCUGAGCCGGAACUGGCUCACAACCCGGUGAACCUGGAUGUCAUCUCUGUGGACAAAGAGACGGAGCUGGUUACCACAGAGACAGCAGGCGGGGCAAAGAACUCAUUGGACACCGUCGAGCAGGAGGAGCAAACAGAGGGGGAGAUGCCGGUGGAGAGGGAGGAGCCAACAGAGGGGGAGAUGCCGGUGGAGAGGGAGGAGCCAACAGAGGGGGAGAUGCUGGUGGAAAGGGAGGACCCAACAAAGGAGGAGAUGCUGGGGGAGAUGCCAGUGGAGAGGGAGGAGCCAACGGAGGGGGAGAUGCCAGUGGAGAGGGAGGAACCAACGGAGGUGGAGAUGCCAGUGGAGAGGGAGGAGCCAACGGAGGUGGAGAUGCCGGUGGAGAGGGAGGAGCCAACGGAGGUGGAGAGGGAGUGGCCGGCGGGCAGCGACACAGAGAAUUCGUCAGACUUUGGAGAGGAGACAGACAGUGAAGAACAGUCCAGCACCAACAAUGAUAGUGAGCGUCAGCGGCACAAUCAUAACGCCACAGAGAAACGGCGGCGAGGGGAGAUGCGGCAGCUGUUUGAACGUCUGAGGACAGAAGUGGGACUGAGUGAUGACAAAGCUUCAAAGAUCUCCACGCUGAGGAUGGCGGUGGUGGUGAUCGAGGAGCUGAGGAUGUUUGAGGCGUAUCUGAAGAAGAAGAAGAAGAAGCUGACGAAGAGGAGGGAUCAAUACCUCAGCACCAUUGCUCCAACAACAGAGGAGAGCAGACAGGUGAGCUCACCUGAGUCCGACACUGAGCUGCCAGAGAGACGUGAGACGGACGAGCUGACUGGAGACUCGUCUGAUGAGGAGAGACUCGUUGCCAAGACGACCAACAUACGAAAGGAUCAUCUGAAGACCGGUCCGACCUCCCAGAGACCAGGUAAAGGUGAGCAGAGACUCAGGAAGAUGCAACACCUAUCGUCCAAUCAGAGGAAGCGGCUGCCCGCAGGGGGCGAAGCCUCUGAGCCUUCCUCAGGAGACACAACUGAUGACGACAUCAUGAUCACAUCCUCUAAGCUAAAGCAGCAAGCACCUCCCACUGCUCUGUCUGCCCCUCCCACCUCCACACCUGUCCGGACUAACAGUAAGCCCAGCCUGGCUCCUCCCGGUGUAUCCCACAAUGCAUCACUGCUGAGAGGCAGGCCGAGGACGGUCCCCAACAUCCUGUCUCGCAGUAAGAAUCCUGCUAAACCCUCGUCCCUGCUCACAAAGAAUGCGGAGGAGGCAGCAUCUUUUCUGUUACCGGCUGAGAUUCUGUCCCUGGUCAGGGCUGCGUUGCCAGGGCAACCAGUAUUGACCUUGGGCCCGAUGAUGGGUGGCCCGACGAUGCUGCAGACGUCUCCUACACCAGGCGUGGCCUCAGUCACCCUCAACAUCCCCAGUCUGACCAAUCAGAUCCAUCUUACAUCACUGCACCACCACCCAACUGGUAAGAUCUACAGCAGCUCCACCGUCACCAACUUCACAGACUUUAACAACUUGCUGCAGCUGGUUCAACCAUCAACUACACCGCAACAACCACAACAACAAAAACAACAAGCACAAGCACAAGCCCCCCAGCAGGAUGUCCCUCCUCCUCCUGCAGUGGUCUCUGCUGGACCAGACCAGGACCAGGCACCAUCCCAGUCCACCUCACCAUCUGCAUUCUCCACUCAGGGACCAGGUUCCAGUCUCCAGGCUGGGGUCCCGGAGCAGGAGGGGACCACAGAGGAUCUAGAUGUCCCGGUGGGGGGGCAUUUGAAACCAGAGCAGCAGGAGGGGUCCAGAGAGGACCUGGACCAGCAGAGUCUGACCUCCCUCCUGAACGAGAUUGUCUUCCUCAACCAGCAGGCAGCGGCGCUCCAGUUACCAGGGCAACCACCCUCUGAGGCUGGACAACCAGAGGAGGGGCCACCGGAUUCGGGGCCAGGCCACAGCCCCUGGCUCCUGCAGCUGGACUCGGACUCUGAUGAUACUGUUAACACAGAGACAGAGGAGUCGGGGCCGCAGCCCCGACCUGCUAAUGGAGACUCUACAGCUGGCGUCCUGGCUCCGCCCCCUCUGCUGCAGAUGAAGGUGGGCGGGUCCACAGUGGCGUCCCCCGCCAGAAGUGCCAGCCCAGCAGUUGAGGGAGGAGGAAGAGGAGGAAGAGCGGGGAGAAGGGAAGGGGGCGUGACCUGGAGGCCGAUGCCAAGGCUGGUCCCUCUGGGGCUGCGAGGGAACCCGCCCUGCUGACAUCACGCCGCCUUGCAAAUUAUGUCACAGCUGUUCUGUUCCUGAACCAAUCAGAGGCCUUACUGUUGCUAUGGCGAUCAGAGAUUCUGGUACACUGCAUUCACUACAGCAUUUAUUUAUGGACAGCUCCGUCCGGUGCAACCAGCAGGUUGCCAUGGAAACCGUCUCAGAGGAAGAUUGUUGAAGGGAUUAGUUUUCAGUCGUUGAUGUAUUGAUCGAUUGAUUGCUUCUGAUAUCCAAAGAUCUGUAUGUGUUUGUAUUUGUUUAUCGGCCAUCAGGAGCUCUGAUAACAGUAAAGUAAAAAUAUUUUGAGAAAAACUUAUCACAAUAUUCUGGUCUUGUCGCCAUGGCGACAGCAGGGUCCCUUUACCGUAGAAACCGAAAGGGGUUUCUCUGAGAGGAUUUUCGUUAAAAUCAGAAAGAAGUUUGUAAUUCCAGGAUGAAAUAUUGUGUCUGAGGUUUGAACUCAGCUGCUGGAUAAUGUUUAUUUACUAAAGUUCAGUUUAAACAGCAGUUCGUGUCUCACCUGGACUCACCUGGACUCACCUGGACUCACCUGUAACCUGCAGUGUUCCAAACAGGAAGUUGAGUUGGAUGUUUGUACAGUGUACAGUCAUUCUGCUUUUUCCUAAAUUUGUAUUUUUGUAUUUGUUAAUGUAAAUAAAUGUUGUCUGAAGAAGCCGUGCAGUAUAAAACUAAUAUGAAUAAAGUUUGAAAAUGA